AUGAAAGUCUAUUACCCUUCGGGUCCAUUAAUUGAUUACGUGCCUCAAAUUCUUUGUGAGCCUGGGACAUAUAAAACGACUAAAGAAGAUCUGAGAAGAGGUCUUUCGGUGCGUGAUAUAAACACGUUAACUAGGAUUCUAAAAAACUGUUAUGUGACCAUCAAUUCUCGUGCUAACGGUAAAAAGAGAAAGAUCCGGAUUUUGAGUAUCUCCUCUGAAUCCUCUAAUAACCUCUACAUAGGAAAUAAUCAGUUCACUGUUAGUCAACAUUAUAAGGAUAAAUUGGGAACCCCUCUACAAUACCCCAUGCUUCCGUGUGUUGUCGCAAAUAACCUUUGGACGGAUAAUGCUUACUACUAUCCAAUGGAGAUGUGCGAGAUAAUUUCCGGUCAGAAAUAUCCUACCAACAAUCUUUCAUGCCAACAACGAACGGACUAUAGGGAAGACGAAGUCCUGAGAUCCAUUGGAAUGGAAUUAGACGACAAAUUUAUCGAGCUAACAUCGCGUGUACUUAAGGCACCACAGUUAGUUGCUCAAGAGGGUGAUAGGAUUACACCCGAAGCAGGUUGCUGGGAAAUUAAAAAAUUCUCAAAAGCAUCCAUACUUGCAAAUUGGUCUGUUGUUUCAUUCGAAAAUCCUAGAUACCUAAGAGAGGCAGAGAUAAUAAAUGCAUUAAAACUGUUAAUCAGAGAAAUGUUAGCGAAGGGAAUCAAUGUACAAGGCCAUCCACCAAUCCACUUUGCAAAUCCUCAAGGGAAUUCGCUCAUGAUCGGUGUCAAAAAUAUUAUCGGGUCCACAUCAAAAUCUCCACCCUUUGUUAUCUGUAUAAUUCAUACCGCCAGAAACGAGUUGUAUCGAGACAUCAAGAAAUGUUGCGCUACCGAAUUGGGAAUAAUAUCCCAAUGUAUAGUCGGUUCGAACAUGAGACAUGGACGUAGAUGGGAGAUUAUAUGUUCGAACCUUGCUCUUAAGAUUAAUGGUAAGUUGGGUGGGACAAAUUCUGCAUUAGCACCACCCGAAAUGAGAUUCUUUGAGAAAGAUUCAAAGGACAAGUUUAUGUUCUUCGUAUGUGCCUCGAUAAAUCCUGAAGCUACCAGAUACGCGGCUCGUUACAGAACGAUUUUUUCGCCAAAUAAUGAAAUUAUCGAUCAAAUUAGUCCGAUGGUAAUCGAUUUGAUCAAGCUAUACAAGGAAAAUAAUAACGAUUUUCCGGAUCAGAUUGUAUUUUAUCGAGAUGGUAUGGCUGGAGGCCAAAUAGAGAGCAUCAUCAGGACGGAGAUCCUUCCCACGGAAGAUGAACUGAAAAAAUUAUAUGGAUCACGAAGGCCGCCUAAAUUCACUUUUGUUUGUUCCGUCAAUUAUAAGGAUUCUGAUCCCAGAGGUGGAAACUGUAAACCUGGCACA